UUCAACGUGUACCUGAUGCCCACUCCCAACCUGGACAUCUAUGGGGAGUGUACGAUGCAGAUCACACAUGAGAACAUCUACCUGUGGGACAUCCACAACGCCCGCGUCAAACUGAUCAUGUGGCCCCUCAACUCACUGAGGAGAUACGGACGAGACUCCACCUGGUUCACUUUCGAGUCAGGAAGGAUGUGUGACACAGGGGAGGGUCUGUUUACAUUCCAGACGCGGGAGGGAGAGAUGAUGUACCAGAGAGUCCACUCAGCCACCCUGUCCAUCGCACAGCAACAUGAGAGGAUGAUGGAGGAGAAGACUUCACAGACACACUCCAACCAGACAACGUUAACCAAGUCCAUCUCCCUGCCUCGCAGUGCCUACUGGCAUCACAUAAUGCGCCAGAACAGUGUUGGAGACAUCUACAGCUACCAAGGUACUAGCCUGACGAUGACCCUGAUGACCCGAGCACAGACCUUCCCCAGCUUCCUCUCUGGAAAGACAGAAGAAGAGCAGUCCUCUCAGCACCAGGAAGAGGCACUAUCCCCCUCCAGUGGCUAUGGCUCAAACUGCAGCCAGGUGACUCUCCAAUGACAAGUACCUUCAGAACAAUACUGGACAUUCCAACACUUUAGAAAGCCUGUAGAAAUAUGUAUGGGAACAUGUAUGAUGUAUCAUUUUAUCAUUUCAUUUUAUGUUCAUUAGGGAGAUCUGUUCUACCUUUCUGUAAUGUUUGUGUCUGUUUCAGUCUGUUCACCUGCAACAAGCACCACCAAAUGGUCUGCUUGUCCAAGAGUACAGGUCUGUACGUACGGUAUGUGUACAAUCAUCUCAACUUCAAAAGGCAUGAACAAAUACAUACGAUUCAAAUACUAGCAAAGUCUGAGAAACAGGACUGUAAGGCUUAGACUUUCUAACUCUGACCCUUGUGGGCUCCUGAGUGGCGCAGUGGUCUAAUGCACUGCAUCUCCAUGCUUCAGAUGUCACUACAGACACCCUGGUUCGAAUCCAGACAGAAUCACAACCGGCAAUAGGCACUUAUUGUAAAAUAAUAUUUUUUUCUUAAAUGACUUGCCUUGUUAAAAUACAUUUAAAAUACAGUGUCAAAAAACUAUGUGAACCCUUUGGAAAUACCUGGAUUUCUGCAUAAAUUAGUAAUAAAAUUUGAUCUGAUCUUCAUCUAGGUCACAACAAUACACAUUCUUCUUAAACUAAUAAUAUGCAAAAGAAGUAUACAUGUUAAUGUCUUUAUUGAACACACCGUGUAAACACUCACAGUGCAGGGUGGGAAAAGUAUGUGAACCCUUGGAUUUAACAACUAUUUGA